AUGCCUUCGACCGUAGUACUGUCUUCAGAUGAGUCGAUUGUCUCAACAAUAAGCUCAUCGAUAUGUUGCAUGAAGGCGCGAGGAAAUGGAAUCCCAGUGGGCCGUAUGGCAAAACACUUGAAUAUUGAUGAAUUGACGACAUCAGAUGACGAUGAUUCUUCUGCAAAGUCUGUUGUAUUGACCAAGAGCUCUUCUGCACAGUCAAUCGUCUCGACCAAAAGCUCUUCCGCACAAUCAAUCGUCUCGACCAAAAGCUCUUCCGCACAAUCAAUCGUCUCGACCAAAAGCUCUUCGCCGACUAUUGUGUGUAUGGGCGCCAGAAGAACCAGCGAAGAUGUCCCAACCGUCGGAUUAGUAAAAAAUAUUCCUCGAAAGGAAUACAAAUUGAUGUCGUCAGAUGAGUCACUGGUCUCGACAGGAAGCUCAUCGAUAUGUUGCAUGAAGGCGCGAGGAAAUGGAAUCCCAGUGGGCCGUAUGCCAAAACACUUGAAAAUUGAUGAAUCGACGACAUCAGAUGACGAUAAUUCUUCUGCAAAGUCUGUUGUAUUGGCCAAGAGCUCUUCUGCACAGUCAAUCGUGUCGACCGAAAGCUCUUCGCUGACUAUUGUGUGUAUGGGCGCCAGAAGAACCAGCAAAGUUGUCCCAACUAGCGAUUCUAGUUCUCAAGGGCACCAUUGCAUUGCCGAAAAAAAUAACACCAAGGGUUCUCACCAGAAUAGUGUUGAACACCGAAAAACCAUGAUUGCCCAAAAGCGAGGUCUCCAAAAUGAAUCCAUCAAGAUGCAUGUUUCACCGCCAAUACCGCUCAAGAAACGAUGUGUCAGCACUGAAAAAGGAACUGAGAACUACGGUCGACUUGAAACUGAAAAUAACUCUGAAAACGAGGAUCAUUCCCAAAGUGGAGAUUGCGACCGUUCAGCUUCCGUAGUAUGUCUUGGUGAUUUCUCUCCAUCUGCUAAUUACAAUCAUCAUAUGGACAUUCAGAAGCAGAUGGGAAUCCGCGAGGAUCUAUUGAACCUGGAAGCAGAUCUCUACAAGUUCUUCCCGUGGGUUAUGGAGAAUAACUUCCAGCUCUCCAGUUAUGCGCAAGGUCUGGUCCUGAAUGUCUCGUUGGCACAAAAGGUUGAUAAUUGGUUGAGCGAAGACGAUGCCCGUUGUCCAUUCGAACACUAUGCCUUCCGCCCGACGCCGUCCUAG